AUGGGUUUUAUGAACAAGAUUGAUUUUGCACCAGUUUGGGAAGGCAGCGACCGCCUCCUCCAUCCUGUCAAUGAAUUUCGUGAACAUUCAAAAGCAGUCACCAGUUUGGCAAUAUCAAACUCAGGGGAGAGAUUGUACAGUGGCUCUCUUGACAAAUUUAUAAAGUUACUGCCCUGGAAUGGGAACUCCAAGUUUCUUAACCCAAACAAGCAUGUAAGGGAUGUUCUAAAGGCAUACUCUGUCUAUGACAGGGAUGUUGGAUAUGUUCAGGGUAUGGGAUUUUUAGCAGGUCUGUUACUUCUUUACAUGAGUGAAGAGGAUGCUUUUUGGCUAGUAGUUGCUUUAUUGAAGGGGGCUGUUCAUGCACCAAUGGAAAGGUUGUAUCGGGUAGGUCUGCCACUUGUACAGCAAUACCUAUUUCAGUUUGAGCAAUUAGUGAAUGAGUACAUGCCAAAGUUGGGGCAACAUUUUUCUGAAGAAAAGAUAAACCCAAGCAUGCACGCAAGCCAAUGGUUCAUAACUGUAUUUUCAUAUUCAUUUCUGUUUCCUUUGGUUCUUCGCAUUUGGGAUGUUUUCCUGUAUGAGGGUAUGAAAGUUGUCUUUCAAGUUGGGUUGGCUUUAUUGAGAUUUUGCCAUGAUGACUUGGUGAGCUUUCUGCUAUUUUCUGAUUACUAUGAUCUGACUGUAGAACUUUAA